AUGACGUUACGUGACGCAACGACAUCAAACAUGGCUGACAAAGAAAACACAACUAUGGAUGUCGAUAAGAAAACUAAUAAGCCUUGUGGUAACCACGUUAAGCCAUUAGUUGACGAAGUUACACAAAGAAUAGACAACCAGAGCAAUACUGAAGGCAAGAAGGACGCCGCAGACAGCUGUACCACGACACAAUACUGCGAGAAACUACAGGCAUGGAUGUGGCAGUACUACAGUGGGUAUGUGAACUGGCAAAGCUGGCUAGCAGCGUCAGCCAUGUCCUACCCUUAUUGUUUACAGCCACCCAACGGAACUUCGACAGCUCUUGAAAUCAACUUCCAACACUGGCAUAACAGUGCGUUUGGUCUUCCGUUGUCUCCUUAUCCACCUGCGGUCGGCUCCUCGAGCGGCCGUGCAGGUGAAGUCGUCGUCGGGGCAGCAGCGCCCGCUCAACCGCAGCAGCAACAGCCGCAGGAGAAUGGAAAUGCACCGAGACCAGGUCGAGAGUACAGUAUUCCUUCCCCUCUUCAAAGACUAAUGGCUGAGAUGGUGGAUUUCUUCAUAUUGUUUUUCAUCAAAGCAACUAUAAUCAUCAGUAUUAUGCACCUCAGUGGAAUCAAAGAUGUUUCCAAGUUCGCCAUGCAUUUCAUAGUGGAGGAAAUAGAUGAAGACACGUCAAUGGAGGAGCUACAGAAAAUGAUGCUUGUUGCCCUUGUGUAUCGGAUAUUAGUUUGUUUUUAUGAGAUCAUAUGCAUUUGGGGAGCAGGAGGAGCCACUCCAGGAAAGUUUCUCAUUGGACUCAGAGUUGUGACAUGUGAUUCAUCAGUUCUGGUUCAGCCAAACAGGGUUCUCGUUGUGCCAGCAACUAACGUUUCUCUUUCUGCAUCGACUGUCCGAGCCUUGAACAAGAACUUUUCAAUUGCCUUCUUCUUCCCAGCUUUCAUCACACUUCUGUUCUUCCAGCACAACAGGACUGUGUAUGAUAUGGUAGCUGGUACAAUUGUUGUCAAGCGAUCCAGGGCAAGAUGAUGCUGAACAGAAGAGCGCCCAUAUAAUCAGGGUUCUAGCCAGUGGUUGAUCGCCCGGUGGUGCACCGAGAAUUUCACCAGUUCGCUAUGGGAACUGUUUGUUUUUUACCACAGUUAGCAAGCGGUCAUCUGAUACCCAGCCUCCAGUUGUUCAGUCCUCUGAUAUCGCUGGGCUGUUUUCUGGCUAGAUCCCUAUUGUAAAAACUCUGAACAGGCACUGAGUGAAGUUUUUCUUUAGUUUUUUUUUAAUAAAAUGUGUACUGAACUCAGACACCUCCCUUUCAAGGUAUUGUCAGAGCACAAGAGAAUUGGGAUGGUUGCAGUGAGUUUGUUUUGUUUCUGACACACGCUGUAUUUCUGCAUGUAUGUCUACAUGCUGCUUUAAAAUCAGUUCCUGUGCCAAAUGUCUCUUUUGAACACAGGAAUAACGAUAGUAUCUGCCGACUUUUUAUUAACAGAAGAUUUGCCUCAUUUUUAAAAUUCUUUUUCAGAUUGGG